GGAGCUGCUGCUGCAAGUGUGACGAUUGGAUCUUCUGCUGCAGCAGCCCUGCUUGGUAUAGCUGUGCUUUUGGGUUUCCUCGCGAGCAAUUUGCCAAUAAAAAGAUGCCGCCUCACCGUGGCUACGUUGCCUUGGGUCUUUUGCUCUGUGGCCCUGGGUUCAGGGCCGUUUUGCCCAGAGGCGUCUCCAGGUCUUCGUUGGCUAUCACCUGUCGGUGCAACUAUUGGUAUGAUGGGCAGCCUGGCCACUUUCUCCAGCCAUCUCUUUGAGUCUGACCGUUUUGGCUUCUUCUUGACUCAUGCUGCAUCAACAUUGAGUGGCAUUGCUUGCAUGGCGCUGGCGAUUGUGCAGAUACGCAUUCGAAAGUCAGAGGCGAAUUUCGUGAAAACGGACUGGUGGGAUUUGCCAACUCUGCCAGAUGUGGAAAUUGUGUUUGCUGGACAGCUGGCUGCUCUUUUGUUUCUUGUGGCCCUCUCACUACUUCGCGUAGUGCUUGCAGUGUCAGUUCAUCCGUUCGCCCAGCCUUUGCGCGCACCUCAUUUGGCCAAGACUUUGCUUGAGAGGCAACAAAGCACGCGCGACUUCGGUGGAGAGGCGCUGCCAAAGGUGCCGCUCUUCUCACCGCCUCGUAGUGCAGCGCGCAGUGGAGUGCGCCAGGCAGCUCUGAGCCGCAGCACAGGUCAUUUAGGCGAGCAAGAGCCAGAGUCAGAAGAGCAGGAUAUUGAUGCAGCAAACAGCGAAAGCAGUGAUGGUCUUUGUGCAGGGGUCCUCCAGGUUUUGCUCGAAGCAGCUGACUGGCCAGCUAGUCAUUGCUUGACUCCACAUCGAGUGCGCAGCGGAGCACCGCUGAUCCACUGGAAGCUGGUACCACGCUCUUCCGGGCACCAGGACAGAGGUCGCAUGAACUUCAACCCUCCUUUGCGGGAGUUGGCAAGCUCAAGCUCAAGAGCUGCAGAGCCAGCUGAGGGUCAGGAAGAAAAGGAGGAAGAAAAGGAAACACAUGCAAAAGAACAAGAACGGUCUGAACAGGAGGAGAUUGUUGACACAGCAGAGGACAGCUGCAGAGCGGGAGUCUCUGCAGAUCCCCUGAGCUUGGACAGCGCAGCGGCUGCAUCGACACAGGAGCAAUUGAAGAUAGAUGACACUGGCCUUGCAGGUGACGAGAUGCAAGGUGACCAGGAAAGCGUCAAGAGUCAACUGAGUGUUCAAGACGUUCAAGAAGUACAGACGAAGUUGGGGGAUGGAACGAAGCAUUGCCCAGCCAGAGGGAGUCAUGAGGCCGGUAUUAGAGCAUGA